GAUGAUGAUGACGGAGAUGAUGGCGAUGACGGAGAUGAUGAUGAUGACGGAGAUGAUGAUGAUGACCUGGAUCAUGACGAUGACGAGGAUGAUGAUGACUGGGAUGAAGAUGACUACGGGUAUGAAGAAGUAGAUGAUGAGGAAGGUGAAUGUGGAGAAGAUAGAGAAAUAUUUUAG